UAAUAAAUCUUCCUUUCUCUCCUCAGCCUUGGCUUCGUGUAAGCCCUUUCCAAUCAGCCUCAUAGGGCUGGGGUUUGCCAAACCCCGUUAUGUUACUCUAAUGUUGGGAUUAUCUUAAACUUUUCUUUUACUUUUCCUCCCUACCCCACGGUAGCUGGAGUAGGCCAAUUUAUUCCACAGCAGCGAUGGCGGCCAACUACUGGGAGUCGACCCAAAGGCGCUUCUGGCAGUUCUCGAAAGAUGAACUCGCUCAGAUGCGCGACGAGCUCGAGAAAAGCGAACAGGCCCUAGUACAGAUGUUCCCUUUGCCACAAAGGACGCACCUCAGCAUCUACUUCAACCAACAGAUCGGUCGUCUGAGUAAGAGGCUCAAUAUCAAACAGCAAGCCGUCGCCACAGCCCAGUUAUACGUCAAGCGAUUCUAUUGCAAAGUCGAAAUACGUCGCACAAAUCCCUACCUCGUCCUUACUACUGCAUUAUACUUAGCCUGCAAGAUGGAAGAAUGUCCGCAACAUAUUAGGAUGUUCGUUACGGAGUCGCGUUCGCUCUGGCCCGAUUUACUCCACACUGAAGUUUCGCGUGUCGGCGAAUGCGAAUUCUUCCUGAUUUCAGAAAUGAAUUCGCAGUUGAUAGUUCACCAACCGUAUCGAACCUUAACAAAUCUCCAAUCCGACUUCUAUCUCACCCCGGACGAAAUCAACCUCGCCCUUUCAGUCAUCAACGACCACUAUAUGACAGACCUACCACUUCUAUAUGCUCCACAUAUCAUUGCUCUUACAGCGAUUCUCCUAGCUUUGGUUCUCCGUCCAAAUCCAGUACCAGGUGGGGGGAACGCUGCUGCUGCUGCUGUAAACAUGGCUGCAGUAACAGCAACAUUAUCACAAGCUCAACAAAGUCGACAAGGUGGCAGUGCCGGCGGUAGUGGUCAGACCACUCCGGGUGCUACCGAGAAAGACAAACAACAGGAAGCACGAGUAGGCAAAGUGCAACGCUUCGCGGCAUUUCUAGCCGAGAGUAACGUGGACAUUGAGGGUAUGAUAGACUGCACGCAGGAACUGAUUUCUUUUUACGAAUGUCACGAGCAGUAUAACGAUAAAAUGACCCGGGAGCAAAUCAAUAGAUUCGUUAAGGCCAGAAGUUUGGACAAGCAUUAAGAAUCGCGCCAAUAAAUGGUUUUAAGGCUAAAGGGUCCAGCAUAGCGAUGAGCAUAACUUUUCAGGGACGCAUAGGUUAGCGAAACAUAGGAAUAUCAAGUUAUGAUUACUAUCCAAGCCAUGAGUAUUCAUCAAGCAUCUAUUCAUUAUAGCCAUGCGCCUUAAAAUAUUUAACAGUGACACUCGAGCAAUGAUAGUUAUGAUA